AUGAUGUCUACAAAGGUAGACAACGAGGAGCUUAAUGCUAUCAGCCCGGGGCCAGAAGUCGAAGAGUUCGCCCAUGCUCUGGACGCCUGCCUUGUGCCUGGGUUGAGCGUGGCCGAGAAAAGGGCCCGAGUUCUUGACCUGCCACGAAAAUACCAUGAGAUUGCAACCCAACGACUUAUCCAGAAGAAGAGCCCGCAAGACGGACGAAAUGACGCCGACAUGGAUGUUGACGAGCAGGAACCCCCUGUGACAGACGCCAAACAACGUGAAGAAAUAUCACAGCUGGAAAUGGAGGUGCAAACCUGGGAUCUUUUCCGAAGACUGCUCCCCUUGCGAUAUUGCGAAUCUCGGCCGAGAAAUUCGCACCUGUUUUCGGUGCAACCGGCCAAGGAGACUAAAUCGCAGACCUUGCCCGAGUUCAUCGACACCGACCCCAUCUUCACGGAGCGUCGUGCCGUGCUUCGGUGGCUGCAAACGAACGCAUCAAGCGGUCCGGAUAUCGACGAGCUGGUGCGCGAAUUGCAGCAAAACGCCGACAGGGGGGACAUCAUCGCCCAUGGCUGGCUUCACACUCGCUCCAAGAUCAAGCUGAGGAAAAGCAUGACGGCAUGGCCGCAUCUUUUGGAACGUCAGUCCACGAACGUGACGAGCUCUCACGUCGGCUCCGGGGGAGUACCGCUCAUCACUCACCUCGACCCCGACGCCCCCACGCGACAAGACCGCAAGCUUGAGCCUCAGGACGAGUAUUUUGAGCGAGCCAUUUGGUUGGGCUGCUUUGAACACCUUCGCCGCGGCAGCUCCCUCGCGUCGAUUCGCGAAUGGUGUCAGGAACGGACGGAAAUGUGGAGGGCUGUGUCGAUGUCCGCCAUGCUCCUGCCUGCGGAGGGCCAGGAGUCCCCCGAAGGCGCGCCCCCGGCCUCCAUUGCGCUGUGGCGACGCAUGUGCCUGAGCCUUGCUCGAAAUGGCGGCACUGAUAAUUACGAGCGCGCCGUGUACGGCUUGCUGUCGGGUGAUGUUCAAAGCGUGGAGAAGGUGGCCCGAAGCUGGGACGAUGUUUUGUUUGCCCACUACAAUGCCUUGCUUCGAAGCCAGGCGGACACUUUCCUGCUGGGGCAUUGCCCGCCUGAAAUGGCAUCCAGUUUGGCGCAGUCCUUCCCAUCCUCUGAAGCCGUUCAGCUCCACGGCGACGGUGACACCGUCGAGAGGCGGCUGAUUGCCUCGCUGGAAUGCCAGAGCAGCACGAUGGAGGAAGCUCUUGAACCGAACAAGGCUCUUCAGGCCGCGUUGAUCGCCAACGACAUUGAUCGUCACCUGUACGAGCAGGCACUCAUCAUGGCCGAGCACGCCAACAAGGACAGACCCUCGCGCCUUCUCCCUCGGCCGUCGCCCAGCAACCUGAACAUCGCCCGGAGAAAGUUCUUCGGCCUCGACCAGCACGAUGGAAUACGACUCGUCGCCCACAUCUACGUCGUCAUUGCUCUCUUGCGGCAGUUGGAUGAGCUGGAGGGCGAGCAUUUGGCAUCGUCGUCCAACGCGCUCUGGCGUUCUGGCCAGGAAAACAUCCUCGCAGGAUACACCGAUUUCCUGGCACUCGCCAAGACGGAAGAGCUAAUCCCCCUGUACUGCUCCAUCCUCCAACCUCCCCGGCAGUAUGACGUCCUGAGCUGGAACAUGAUUGACGAGCAGGAUCCGGAGAAGCGAAUCUUGCAGUUGAAGUUGAUCAACCGGGUUGGCAUCGAUGUCCUCAAGUUUACGGAGACGCUGGCGAAGCUCGUCUACGACGAUCUCGACCACCGCGGUUCGAGCGUCGGCGUCACCGAGACCUUCACCAUCCUCUUGGACGGAUCGUCAACGGCACGGUAUGGACGGGGCAUCCAGGCCGACUUCCUGGGCGAUGACGAGGCAAUCAUUUCCCCCAAGGAUGAGCGAAUGAUCCGAUCGUUGGAAUGGCUGCUUCAGGUGCAGGCUGCCUGGCCCGAAGUCCUGCGCAUGGGCGUUCAGGUGUACAAGUACUUCUUCCGCAACAAACGUCUCCUUGCGGCGCGAAAACUGAUGGAGCGGGUGCAAUUCGACAUCAUCUGGCAGAAUGUCACCGACCAGCAAACGCCAGAUUGGUCCUUGCAUGAGACCGUCGAUUUCUGGGCCCAGCAACUCAACCAAGGUGGCAUCGUGGGCGUGCGUCCAGAGGAAGUCGCCCUAAACGUACGCAUCUUCCGCGAACUGGAGUGCCUGGCCAAGGCGCUAGAUGGAUUGGAGACGGUGGGAUCCUUGAUGGAACUCUCUGCUGAGGCUCCGUCCGGCGAUCGAAAAUUCUGGACCGGAGUGGGCGAUGCCGUCAAGGUCCUGAAGGAGAGGAUGCAGCCUUUGCUUGGCGGCUGGCUGUUGACUGGUACUGACAACAGUGACGAGGAGCUCGCAGCGCUGCGACAGACGUACCUCCCAGAGACCAUCUUGUCAUUCAUCAGCGGUUUACAUUACGCAGGCACGGGCCUCUCUCGAGACAAUCUGCUGGAUUGCAUGGAAUUAGCGAGCGUCAUAGCUGAGCGGAAUUCGGACUUGGCCCAAACUUUUGUCAAGGCCGGCCGCAUGACGGAACUGGUCGAAGCCCUGGCUGCAUGCAGCAAGGCCCUGGCAGUUGCAUCGACGGAGAAGAGGGCGAUCAGCUCGAGCAACAAGAAACUUCGGGAAAUGGGGUGGUCUCGCAACCUUUGGGCUAUCCAGCAAUAA